ACAUGUAUACCAAACGAGCUAUCACACACUUUUAAAUGCAAUGUAAAAUGCUUUUAAUGUUUUCAAUUGCCUAAUGUAUUUCUCUUCAGAGGAUUGCGGUUGUCAGAGAGAGAAAGAGGCAGAAUCAGGGGAGGGACGCCAGCAGCAGCUCCCGGUCUCACUGCUCACACACACAGGGACAGGACACAAGACUGAAAACUGAUGCUGCGGCGUCUUUCAUUUAUAAAAUACCCGGAGAAUAAACACAACAAUUGAGGGAAACAGUAUUUGGGACACUAUGGAGAUGUCAGAAUCAGUCUCACAGCAGGAGCGGCUCCAGGCUAUUGCAGAGAAAAGGAAAAGACAGACAGAAAUAGAAAACAAGAAAAGACAACUAGAGGAUGAUCGACGACAGCUUCAACACCUCAAGUCAAAGUCACUAAGGGAAAGAUGGUUGCUGGAUGGUGCUCCCACUGCAGGACCGGAAGAAGAUGAAACUACAAAGCAGCUUCGUGAGGACGAAGCCAAAACUAGAGGCCUUGAAGAAACUAUAAUGAGACUGGAGAAAGAGCUGGAGGAGCUAGAGACGGGUGUGUCUGCAACAUCCACCAAAGAGAACCUGUCAGAUGCGGUACAGGAAGACAUCACCAGUAUAAUUGAAACAAAGGUGGUGACAGACUCUGUUAAAGAGGUCAAAGUUCACGUCAGCCCUCGUCUGGAGAAAUACGAAGGUGACUUUGAGAUGAUGAAAACAGCAAUGUACUCCGUAGAGAUUACUGUUGAGAAGGACCGGGUGACUGGGAAGACCAAAGUCCUGUCCACUAACACACUGCUACCCAAAGACCUCUCGCAGCAAGGGGUUAAGGUCUAUGAGGAUGACCGAAAAGUGGUGCAUGCUGUGGAUGGAGCAGUAACCAAUGGUGUUCACCAGCUCAGCUCCUCAGAGGUGGAAGAGCUCCUCCACAAAGCUGAUGAGGUGACCAUGAGCGAGAGGACCACACCUAAGCUGGAACGAGGAACCGAGAAGGCGAUGAAAGAUGCAGUCCCGGCUGUGUCUGGCACCACCGCCAUGAAGGAGAUCACCGGUGUAGAAGCGAAUCCUGCGCCCCCCCAGGCGGAAGUGGGCGGGGCCAGUGCAGACCAUCCGGUUACCAUGGUAUUCAUGGGUUAUCAGAACGUGGAAGAUGAAGAUGAAACAAAGAAAGUUCUGGGGAUGGAGAGUACAACCGUGAAGGCAGAGGUGGUGGUCAUCGAGGAUGGAGAUGCCAAGACCACCACCAGCACCACAGACACAAAGCAGGAACAGCCGCCUCCUAAUGGCAGCCCAGCAGAUCCACCAAAAGCUGAAGACCCCGAAGCAGCAGGAGAACAAGGGCAGCCAGAGGGGGGCGCUGCUGAGGACAAAACCAAGGAUAAAAAACCCUGCAAGUGCUGCACCAUCAUGUGAGCCAACACACAACACACGGACUUUACUGAUGAAAUGCAAGAACAAAUGAAGAAAACAACAGCAAGGCAAAGAAGAAUAAACUUUCAGUAUCUUUUGAUAGAAAGCUGAUGUUUCCCGUAUUGAUUUUUAUCCGUUUUAUAUUCUCUAUAUUACUUUAUUUCUUGCCCUUGAUACUCUCUAACCACAUUUCAAUUUGAUGCAUUCUAUUACUUUUUUAUUAUCUGGUUUUAUUCUGGAUUAUAAGAAUCAUGUCAUAUAAAUCAUAUUAGUGGCAACAUUUUUCUGAGAAAGGUAUGACGAUGAAAGACCCUUUCUCUACACCCUUUAACUGAACUGAUUUGAUCAACGUCCAACAAGCCCCUUUAUUCAGCAUUCAGCUUUAUUUAGUUUAAGACUUAUGCUGCGUACACACCAAACACGAAGCAUCAUGUUCCUCGCUCUUAGAUUAGACUUAACUUUAUAUCAUGCAAAUUUUGAAUAUUUUCAACUUGCGCGAAGACGCGUUUGAGGUGAAUAGCGCAUGUUUUUGCGGCAACCAUACCGCCCAAAUUGCCUCAUUCGCAUUGCCCCACGUGAGUAAGCAUUAAAUAUCUAAUUUACUCUCGGAAAUUGCUGAAUUCGCGCUUGGUGUGUACGCCCCAUUACCCUCGCAUAUGUGAGACUCCGUGUAACUGUUUAACAUAUCUGAGCCAUUUAUUUUUUGAAAACUAUUUAUUUUAUUUUAAUUUCCCAAACAUUUUUAAAGCAUGAUAAUGUUGUGUGCAAAAUAUUCUCACUUGAAAACACUGAAAAUUGUGCUGUAUUUAUUGCUGAUAAAGCUGUGGGAAGUAUUCGGUUAGGGUUAUUUUGUUUUAUCCGGAAGUAAGACAAACCAUAGGAUUUACAGAACACAGGUCAGUUUUGCCAUUUUUAAGGAAGAUUAUUGUUAAAUACAAGACCUCUGUUUUAAAUCAAUUUUUUUUGUGUUUUUGUUGUUCGUUUUUUUUUACAACGCCUAUUUUCUCAUACUCCCUAACAUAUACUCAUAGACAUACACACACAGUCAUAAAACAACUUGCUUUUUUCUUUAUCUAUGUUCUUUAUCUUUGUUUCCUUGUGAGUUUAGUAGAUUGCACUCUUUCAUAUUGAAAUUUAGGACAGGUGAGCUGAGGGUAACCCAUAGUCAGCCCCAGAUAAGAGCUUGCAUAUCUGUUUGUAAUUGUACACCCGAGUGUAUAUGAUUGAUACGCUUGUUAUGGUAUGUAGUCCCACCUGAAGUGCUCUUCGUUGAUGUAGAUAUGAAGAGUAAAGAAUGACUGUAAACUACUGUAUGAUAUGAUUAAGCCUUAUAGUCUUCUUAUAAUAACGUCAUUCGCCAGCUUUGAUCUGAUGUACACACUGCAAAAAAUGACUUUCUUACUUAGUAUUUUUGUCUUGUUUUCAGUGAAAAUAUCAAAAAAUUCUUACAUUAAGAUGUAUUUUCUUGAUGAGCAAAAUUACCUAGGAA